UAAAUUGUUGUGUUCGUUGAAAAAAAAGGUAACUGUUCGUUGAUAAGAAGAAUAGCAUUCUUCGGAUAAAAACAGUUCAGUGUAAAUUCGAAAAUAGCGGGUGUAAUAUCCGGAUUUCUAUUGUUCUAUCUAGUGCAAUAACGAAUAUUAAAUCUAAAUUAAGAAAUUACUCAAAGAGAUUACUAAGAGAUUAGCUAAUGAUCUAAGUUCAUUGCGCAAGCAUCCCUUUGUAAUAUUUACUCAACGAUAAAAAUGGGCAAAAGCUGUCUGAAAUUGCUGAUGCCAUCUGGCAAAUUGAUCUCCGACGAUGAUGCGCUGAAGGAGAAGAUGGAAAGUCAAGAUGUAUCGCAGAUUCUACCGUAUUUGUAUUUGGGAAAUGCACGGGACGCUUCCGAUCUGCAACUGUUGAAGAGCUUAGACAUAACUCACGUUUUGAACGUGAGCUCACGUCGUAGCGAAAACGAAGGCUGCGACGGUAUAAUUUGGAAACGGUUCUCCGUUUUCGAUGAUGCCGAUCAAGAUUUAACGCAAUACUUUGACGAGUCUUUUGAAUUCAUCGAAGAAGCUAAGGAGAUGGGUCAAAGGGUAUUGGUGCAUUGUCAAGCCGGUGUCUCGAGAAGUCCGACGAUAAUCAUAGCCUACCUGAUGAUUCGGAACGGAACCAGAAUGACGGACGCGUUCGCUUUCGUGAAGAACCUGAGACCGAUCGUUUGUCCGAAUUUCAGCUUCAUGGGACAACUGAUGGAUUUGCAAAUGAAAUUGAACGCGCAGAAGCUUUCUUGUACAAUCAGAUAAUUAAGACUUAUAUUUAUAUAUAUAUAUAUUUUUUUUGUAUGAAACAAUAUACCUCCUACACGUUUAUUAAUCAGGUAGCUGUUUUCUUUGUCCACAUGCAAAUGACUAAUUUCGAGAGCGUUGAUCCCGACUAGGUGCAUUCAUUACAUGCACUGGUGUAAUCGUUUAUAUAAUGGCGUGCAAUAAUUAGCAGAAGAAAGAAGAAGGUAGUCGCUGUUGCGCAACGAUAAUUCUCUUGCACACGCAUUUAAAUUGCAAAUGUUUUUCGGCUUGCGACUCGAUUAUGAUAUGCACGUUACGUAAUCGAGUCGCCUGGGUGUACUGUUGUUGCGCCGGAGGAAUUAAGUAAAAAGUUUAGCAAACACAAUAGAAAACGAGAUAAGCGAGAGGAGACAGAGAGGGCAAUUGUAGAAAAUAUAAUCUAAACUUUGUUUUCGGA